UCUCGCGGCCGGCGAAGCUCCGUCCGUCGACUUAACCAGGACGCACCUCGCCUCGCCGCAAACAACCAUCGUCAAGAUGCAGAUCUUCGUGAAGACCCUGACGGGGAAGACGAUCACCCUGGAGGUGGAGAGCAGCGACACCAUCGACAACGUGAAGGCCAAGAUCCAGGACAAGGAGGGGAUCCCGCCGGACCAGCAGCGGCUCAUCUUCGCCGGGAAGCAGCUCGAGGACGGCCGCACGCUCGCCGACUACAACGUGCAGAAGGAGUCGACGCUGCACCUCGUGCUCCGCCUCCGCGGCGGCCUCUCCAUCAAGGUCAAGACGCUCACCGGCAAGGAGAUCGACAUCGACAUCGAGCACACCGACACGGUCGACCGCAUCAAGGAGCGCGUCGAGGAGAAGGAGGGCAUCCCGCCCGUACAGCAGAGGCUCAUCUUCGCCGGCAAGCAGCUCGCCGACGACAAGGCGGCAAAGGACUACAAUAUCAAGGCCGGCGACGUGCUCCACCUCGUCCUCGCCCUCAGGGGCGGUGCCUGCUACUAGAUAUAUGCCUGGGUUUUACCUACGAGAGCUUGAACUAUCUAGCUAGGGUUUAACCAUAGUUUUAAUACGUAUUUUGUUAAGUAAUGUUUUUUUUUGCGGACAUUAUUACGUGAUGGU